AUGGCUUAUAGACGUUUAAGUAUGAGUCCAGGAGAAGCCUUACAAACUGAAAUUCCAGAAGCAAGACGUAUGGAAAACUAUCGGUCUGGCAAUUGCUUACUGAGUUUUUUUGAUCCUAAGACAAAAAAGUUUCGUAAUUUUACUGCUUCUCAAUUCGGUGAUGUAUGGAAUUACUUUGAUCAAGAUGGAAAUGGAUUCAUUGAUGGCGUAGAGCUAGAAAUGUUUAUGGGUAAACUUGUUGAAUGCAUUAUCCCCAAAGAUGCUAGAAAUCAGUUAUCUGAAGAAGAUACACAUGAACUAGUCAGUGAAUUAUUAAGUGUAAUUGAUACAAACAACGACAAUCGCAUCGAUAUUAGAGAAUUAGCUCAGUUGCUCCCAACUGAUGAAGAAUUUCUUAUACUUUUCCAAAGAGAGAAUAAGCUUAACUCAAGUGUUGACUUUAUGAAAGUUUGGCGAGAAUUCGACAAAGAUCACAGUGGCUUCAUUGAAGCAGAUGAAUUAAAAGAUUUUCUCACAGAACUUUUGUCUAAUGGAACCAUCCAAAAAGAUGAAAAGUUCGACGAGAAGAUUAUUGAAUAUACAGAUACAAUUCUGAAACUAUUCGAUCACAAUCAAGACGGAAAGUUACAACUGAGUGAAAUGGCUCGUUUAAUUCCAGUUGAAGAGAAUUUCUUGUGUCGUCCAAUAUUCAAACUCAGCGGCAAAAUUACCGCGGCUGAUGUAGAUCGUGUUUUUGCAUUAUACGAUACAGAUAAUAAUGGAGCAAUUGAAGAUUUGGAAUUAUAUGGUUUCUUGAAAGAUCUUUUGGAACUUGUUGAGGAGGAUUACGAUGAAUCUGAUUUGGACUAUACUCGAUCUAUGAUUCUACAAAAUUGGGAUUUCAAUAAUGACGGUAAAAUUAGUUUAGAAGAAAUGCGUAUGUUAUUGUUGGCUUAUAGUUCAAAUGAUUCAAGAAGGAACACUCAUCAUAAUAAUGAUAGCAAUACUAGAAACAGUAUAAAUAAACCAAAUCCAAGGCAUUCUGUUAUAGAUACAAGUGAACGUCAAAAAGUUAAUAAACCAAUUUGGUCAAAACGAAAAUAA